ACCCAUUGCCUCUCUGUCUCUCUCUCUCUCGCCAGAAAUUCCCUUCUUUCCUCUCUCUCUCUCUCUCUCUCUCUCUGCAUUUGCUGUCGCUUUGGUCCGCCAUGCCCUUCUGGUCUCAAACCCCACUCCUGUCCUCCUCCUCUGUCUUCGUCGUCUAUUUUCUCCCUCUACAAUCUCUCUGCUUCACUAAUGCGAACCCAUGAUCUCCCAUGUAACCCUCCCGUAGACAAUCCCUCCCCUCCCGAUCUCUCCACCAUGCCCCAGGAACCCUCCCCGCCGAUCCCCGACCCGCGAUCUUCCCCUCCCCACCACUCCCAAAACGACACCUCCAAUACCCAAAACGACGCCUCCCUCGCCGCCGACACCGUCUCGGCCACCCCCGUCGACGACGCCCCCACCACCACCGCCCCUAAUAAUAACAGUACUACUGCCGUAACAAGGAAGGAGCGGCCCUCCCGUGCCUGCACGGCCCGCGCCGCGGCUCGGCUCUACGCUGCCGCAGCAGCGGAGGCCGCCGAACGCAGGCCCAAAGCCGCCAGGAAGGAGCGGCGCGACGAGGCGGCACAGGAGCAGCAAUGCAGUGGCGGCAGCAAGAUCGUGACGCCACUCGUGAGCUCGCCGCCGCCCUCGCAGUUGCCGCGGUGGAGUCUUCGUGCAAUGUGGGAGUUCGCUUCCAUUCUCAAUUUCUUCAAUAUUUUUAGGCCUCUUUUGAAUAUUACAGUAGAAUUUUCAGCGGAGGAGUUUGAGACUGCGUUGAUAACACCAAAUGACACUUUAAGUGACAUACAUAUACCCUUAUUGAAGGCAAUCCCUCCAAUUACCCGAAUGGCACUUGGUCGUAAUACUUGGGUUACCGUUCUAUGCAGAAAAUUGAGAGACUGGUGGCAUUGGGUUGCGGAUGGGGAGAUACCUAUUGUUGCUUCCCAUGGGGCCGAGAUUGAUGUAUAUAAUACACUGGAUCCUGGUGUUCGUGUGGUGAUCUUGAAAGCACUAUGUGACAUUCGUGUUGAGCAAGAAGACAUCCGGAACUUUAUUGAUAACUCAAUUAAACAUGGUGUUCAACUUUCAGCAUUUCGUAAAGAACGUGUUGGGGGUGAUUCCCAUGGAGUCUCUUAUUGGUAUGAAGAUGACCCAAUUAUUGGUCAUCGAUUGUACCGGGAAAUUAGAAAAGUUGAGGUGAAGAAGACGAAGACAAAAGGUUCUCAGAUCUUUCCUUCUACAUCCUACCAGUGGGAAACAGUGGCAACUAAUUUUGAUGAGUUUCAAGAAGUUUCUGAGAAGCUUUUCUCAAGUAAGAAUAGGACAGAGGUUUCACUUGGGAAGAAGUUAAAGAUUGACAUGCUUCCUGAGAUUGAAAAGGUCCACAAGAGGAAAGAGAGGUUACUGAAAAAGCAACAUAGACAAGCUCUCCUUCUAGAUAAUUUCUUGAGUGUGGAUGGGCUUGCUCCAGGACGAUCGCUGCGUGAUAGGAAACCUGUUACCUAUACUUUUGAUGAUUAUGACCGGUCAAUUAAUGAGGCUAUCAAGAUUACCAAACGGAAACAGCCAUCUCCAGAACCCAAUGCCCGAAGAGAAGUUGUGCCAAAACCUGAGGCUUCUUCAAAUGGGAAAUGGGGUGACCCUGCGCAUAACUUUGAGCAUCUCUCCUUUAGUGCCCCAUCUCCCAAGUCUCCUGAUUAUGAUGACGUUGAUGAAGAGAAUAAAUCUGAACAAUUGGAUCGUGGCACACGGCGAAGACAGAGGCCUCAACGUUAUUCAGCUAAAGAGUUUGUUGAAGCAGUUUCAGAUAAUGAAGCAGACUUUGACAGUGACGAUGAGAUAGUUGGUGAGGCUGUAUAUGAUGAGGAAUACUUAAAGAGACGCAAACAGAGGAGGAAGCUGUCCAGCAGCUCUGAAGGAGAUGAGGAGUACCGUUGGGAUGAAGAAAAUGCCGAAGAUGAGGAGGAGGAAGAAGAAGAUUCCUUGAGUGCUAGUGAGGAUAGUGAUGAACCCCAAAGAUUUAAGAAAUUACCGGGCCGCACUAGGAGGGAAACUAAAUUAAGGUCUGUUGAUGAGCUCCAGUCAGGUCUAAGACGUAGUAAGAGGGCCACCAGGAACCGCGUUAAUUAUCGACAAUAUGAGUUGUCAGAAUCGGAGACUGAGUCGACGAAACUUGACAAAUCAAAUGCAUCGGAUGGGCAGUCAGAUGAAAGUGAUAAUGUGUUGUAUUCCAUGGAAAGCCAAGGUUCUGAUGCCAAUGAUGAUGACCAUGAAACUAAAGUUGGUCAGCCUGCCGAAGAUUACCCCGAGACAGCAGAGGAGCAAAACCAGCCAUCUGAGAAAUUAAAUGGCCCGGAUCAAAACGAAGUUGAGGGGGUACGUAAAAGGCGUUUUCUUGACCUAAAUGAACUUGCCCCAGGUUCUGGAUUUGAUGAUGGUCCCAACCCAAUAACGAGAGAUGACAAUACAGAUGACUUCUAAAGCUUCCUUCUUUGCCUGAUAGCCAUCGGUUGUAGUUUUCUCAGAAGUCAAUAGUGUACGAUAGUAAAUUUUAUAAAUUUUGUGAUAAGCCCGGGGAGAAAGUUACAGUUAGACAGUUCUUCCUUGUGGGGUUACAAUCAUGCUGCAAUUCAUUCAUGUUUUCCAGCAGGGUGCGACAUGAUGCUGAUAGAAUUAUGUAGAUUGGUAGUCAUUUUUUAGUCACGCCACAUUCAAAGGAACCUAUGACAAAUGAGUGGGAAUUUCUUCAGGGUUCAUUAGUCUUCUUAGGUCAAUGUACAAUAACUUUCAACCAAUAUAUUGUAUAACCAAAAUAUUUGGCUUUUAGAUGUUCCAGCGCUGUUGUUCUAUUAUUCUUGUUCGUGACAGAGGUCUGCCUCGAAAAAAUUGUAUGGGCAGGUCGGGGUGCGGUGAUUAAAAUGAUGGGAAUUUAGUUCAAUUCUCUUCUUGUAACGGAGCCGUAUCGUCCUAAGAAAGGUAAUCUAUUUUGUUUCCUUGGUUUAA